AUGUCGCUCGCUACCUUCAAAGCGUCAGUUGCCAGCGCAGGGCGGCGAGCCGCGUUACGCCCACCGGUUGGCUUGUACGCUGCAACAUCGCGCAAAGUACAUACGACAGCGCCCGCCUCUGCGCCCACUGACAUUCCUACCUCUACUACAUCGGCCGUCGAGCCCAUCACGCAGAUUGCUAAGCGUGGGUCUACCCAAUUGAGCUUGGAGACCCCGCAAAAUAAAGCGGAGUAUGUCCUGUCGACCUUGGACAAGAUUGUGAACUGGGCUCGGCAGGGGUCCAUGUGGCCCAUGACCUUCGGUCUUGCCUGCUGUGCCGUAGAGAUGAUGCAUAUGGCUGCAGCCCGCUACGAUCAGGAUCGCCUUGGUGUCGUCUUCCGUGCCAGUCCCCGGCAGUCUGAUAUUAUGAUCGUUGCCGGUACGCUCACGAACAAGAUGGCGCCAGCGUUGCGGAAAGUCUACGACCAGAUGCCCGAGCCCCGCUGGGUUAUUUCCAUGGGCUCUUGUGCGAACGGUGGCGGAUACUAUCACUACUCCUAUUCUGUGGUCCGCGGAUGCGAUCGCAUUGUACCAGUCGACAUCUACGUGCCGGGCUGUCCGCCGACUGCCGAGGCGCUGUUGUAUGGAAUGUUGCAGCUGCAGCGUAAGAUGAGGAGGAACAGGAAGAGCGUGAUCUGGUACCGGAAGUAA